UCUCGCUGUUCCCCCCAACAACUCGUUCCCAACCUGCUGCAGCUUCACUCUCAUCGAACAGCAGGUAGUGCUUUCUGAGAAAAAAUGACGCCAAACAAUGGGACGCUGGAUGACUACACCUGCUCGCGGGCGUUGAUCUUACCGCUGAUCAGCGAGUUUACGUGGCCGAUCGAGGUGCGAGCUUUUCUCUACUUAUUUGGCUUGCUGUACUGCUUCAUGGGUGUGGCCAUCAUCGCCGACAUCUUUAUGGGCGCCAUCGAGAAAAUCACUUCCACAACUCGUAAAGUAUACUUGUCGAGGGGGGAUUCUCAAGAACCGGAAGUGAUUGAAGUCCGUAUCUGGAAUGACACGGUGGCCAAUUUGACGCUAAUGGCUUUGGGUUCGUCAGCCCCCGAAAUUCUGUUGUCUAUCAUAGAAAUUGUCGGAAACAACUUUGAAUCCGGUUCGUUGGGUCCAGGCACAAUCGUUGGUUCAGCUGCCUUCAAUUUGAUGGGUAUUAGCGCGGUGUGCGUUGCUGCUAUCCCUGGUGUCGAAUCACGCCAAAUCAAAGGACUGCGAGUUUUCGCCAUCACGGCCGUAUUCAGCAUAUUGGCUUACCUCUGGUUGAUCUUCGUAUUGAUGGGAGUCAGCAAAAAUGUGGUUGAAGUGUGGGAGGCAGUCGUCACUUUCCUGCUCUUUCCCAUUCUGGUGUACUUGGCUUAUUUGGCCGAUAAAGGAUUCCCGUGGAACAAGUCACGCGUUAGCGCAACGACAGCAAACGGCAAGCAAAUUGAGCUUGGCUCCAUCCAGCCGGGUGAGUUGGAAGCCAUGGUGGAUGGACACACUCUCACCAAAGAUGGACAAGUGGACCCCAACGAGUUGGCCAAAUGGGUCCGACACGCGUCGCGAAUGGGACUCACUGGAGAAGAUGCUGCAAAACUGGCGGCUUACAAGCUCAUCACGAGCAAGGAGCACUCGCGAGCCUGGUACCGAAUUGGAGCGACCCGUGUUUUCUCCGGCAGCAAGAAAGUUCAGCCCCAACUUAGCAUCAAACUCAGAGAGGUUUAUGAUGCCAUCAAUGAGCACCCGGAUGCUGACAGCCUUGGCCCAUUGAUCGAGACCACCCCGAAGAACAAAGCAACCAUCGAAUUCCAUGCAAUUGCCUGUGCAGUGCCCGAAAGCGUCGGCAGAUUUCCCAUCACAAUCGUGCGCCACGGGAAAACGGAUAACUCCGUGUCCGUCAGAGUCGAAACCAUUGAUGGUAGUGCUGUGGGAGGAGAAGAUUUCGUUUCUCUCAAUCAAGUGGUUGUUUUCGAGGCCAACGAAGUUGAGAAACAGGUAACGGUGGAGAUCCUUGAUGAUACCCAGUACGAACCGGACGAGCAGUUCUAUUUGAAAUUGAGCUUAACUGGGACCAAAACGGGGAAGCAGCAGGAUGUAGUGCUUGGCCGUAUUUCCAUCAUGGAAGUUACUGUUCUAAACGAUGAUGAUCCAGGCACCAUUACUUUUGAAGAACGUGGCAUUUUAGUUAAAGAAUCUGUAGGUGUGGCCCAAAUACCUGUGCUACGUAAAAAUGGUGCCGACGGCGAAGUUAGCGUCCACUGGCGUACAGUUGACAAAAACGCCAUCAGUGGUAAGGGCUAUAUCGGAGGUGAAGGCAGACUGGUGUUUAAGCACGCUGAGAUGAAACGUGUUAUCGAAAUACCAAUUUCGAACGACAUGUUACCGGACAAAGACGAAUGCUUCGAAGUAGAAUUAUCCGAGCCUACUGGCGGAGCUGUUCUAGGAUCCAUCACCAAGUUGGCCGUUACUAUCACGAACGAUGAAGAAUUCAAUUCGGUAUUGAAUCGCCUAGCGGAUAUGACUACAGCUAACGUGGACUCGAUGGAAGUGCAUCACAAUACUUGGACCAGCCAGAUAAAGGAUGCCAUGAAUGUAAACGGAGGUGAUAUUGAGAAUGCCACCACUUCGGACUAUGUCAUGCAUUUCUUGUCUUUUGGAUGGAAGCUGUUGUUUGCGUUUGUUCCGCCAGCGGGAAUUUGGGGCGGCUGGCUGUCGUUCUUUGUUUCGUUGGCUGUCAUUGGCGCCCUAACAGCAAUCGUUGGAGACUUGGCUAGCAUUUUCGGGUGUCUGGUUGGACUUGACGACGCCGUCACCGCCAUCACCUUCGUGGCGCUGGGAACGUCGCUUCCGGAUUUGUUCGCAAGUCGCACGGCCGCUAAGAAUGAGAAAUACGCUGAUAAUGCUAUAGGAAACGUUACGGGAAGUAAUUCCGUCAACGUGUUCCUGGGUCUCGGUUUACCUUGGCUCAUCGCAAGUGUAUACCACGCGUCAAAGGGAGCUGAAUUUAAGGUGGAAGCCGGAAGUCUUGGAUUUUCAAUCACCAUUUUCACCAUCACUGCCGUUCUGUCGUUGGCGCUGCUGGUAAUAAGGAGAUGUUCCGCUGCAUGUGGCCGUGGAGAGUUAGGAGGACCUCUGGGAACUCGUUACGCUUCAGCUAUCUUUCUCGUGACCCUGUGGAUGGCUUACGUGAUUCUCUCAUCUCUAGAGACAUACGGGCACAUAAAAAGCUUUUAAUUCAAAGCAUCCCAAAAGGACAUGACAAACUAUAUAAUACUGCCUCUAUCGAAAGUACUCACCAUUCACAAACGCCACACUCCAUCUGUAUUCGAGAUGACCGUUUCAUAAAAAGGUGCGUUCCAUACAAAAUUAACCGAAAAAACGAUCAACUGUCAAUCGCUGAAGCUGUCGCCGUGGGCCAACGACGACGAAUUCCACUGCUGGCCAUGAUGACUGGUUAAUCGAGGAAAUCUGAUAUAACCACACUAUAACUACUGUCACUUCAUUUGCACGCCUUUUUCAGCAGGUGUGACUGAAUCGUUUACAUCGGAAAGUAACAAUUUCUUAGGUUUCACUGGAACACGUUUCACUGUAUGCUGUUUUUGUCUCUAGCAAAGUGUGUGGGAUUAAUGAGAAAGCGUGUGCUGUAUCUCUUGAAGUGCAUACCAAAUUUUAUAUAUAUUUUGAAAAUUUGCAACGUACAAAAUUUUUAAUACCAGAUCUUUUAGCGUUUCCUUUUGACAUUUGCAAUGGCUGUUACACUUCUUGGAUAGAUUACUACACCUCGUUUUCUUGUUCUACCAUGAGCUCUAAAAGAGUCACUUCCCGCUGAAUCAAGUAUUAUAACAAUUAACUAACCAACACAUCCAUUUAUGGGCUGCGCAUCGUUUUUCGCAAAAUCAAAUGGGUCGCCUCUCGUUCUUCAGCAAUAUACUGACUUUUUGAUGGUAA